AUGCCUGGGAUCGAGUGGACAGACAAGGAAAAGGCGUUUGCCGUUCAUUUAGCCAGCGCGGGCAUCAUACACAAUACCAUCACAACUCUCAUCACCAAGCGUGGACCUCAACAACGAUCCAAGUCGGGUGUGGAUUAUGCGAUUGGUAGACUAAAAGACGAGCAUCUGACUUUGAGGUCACCUCAUCAAUGGAACUGCGGAUAUGCUGCUGAGUGGGUGAGGAGCUUGAUCUCCGAUGCCGGUAUUCAUCCCGGAUUUCUCAAGCUUACGGAUGAGGAGAAUAGCAUUAUAAAACAGGCUCAACCGAAACUCACGCUCCCCCACUAUUAUCUACAAGCGAAUACGUACACUGAGCCCCCUGCGUGCCCCGAACCAGCGGAGGAUUCUUUAUUUGAAUGA